AAGUUCGUCACACACCUCCGGCACAUCUCCGGCGUGACGACGGUUUAACCACACAGUCGCACAGCGAGAUUCGACUCGCGAGGGAACCUCGACUCCUCUUGGUUGGCGCGUCGCGACUCGCGUGCCCUAUUCCUCCCUUCAUUUUUUUUUACAAGCUGAAACCGGGUGCCCGUGGUGCCCCCUGGUCUCCGAUACCUCGUACCGUUCCAAUCGUUCUCGGGGAACGGCAUUCGUUCAAGAGAGAAAGAAAGAGACGUCGCCGCCCGUCCGUCCUAGCUUUGCGAGAGAUCUAUCUGGAUCCAGCGAUCGUUCGACAAAUCUAUCGAAGUGAAAUUCGAAUCUCGAGAAUUAUUCGAUGUUGUGAAGUGAGUGAAGUUCCGAGGGAAGACCCCGGUAUGUCAGAGAGAGAGGGAAAGAAGAGCGACGACGUGCCCGAAGGUGUCGUUGACGUUUCGUGUGUCAGUGUCCUCUCUUCGUCUCUCUCUCUCUCUCUCUCGCGUUUGCGCUCGCAACGCUAUUCCCCGUCUCGUUCUCAAGCACCAGCUUUCGUCGAGUUCUCGCGUUAGAAGAAAGCAUCCCGAGGAAGAAGACUCGAGUACUACGGGACAUUUGGGAAUGCGGUGUAAACUAUAUUCCAACGAAACUAUAUAAUCGAUACUAAAGCCCUAGUUAUUCUUUUCCUUCCUGACAUAGGAUAUCCCUAUCUAGCCACUAUAAUCCUAUAUCCCUAGAUCCCUAUAAUCUUUAUCCGCGUGUUUCUGCUCUUUUCUAAUUCAAUCAUAAUCCAGAUAUUAUAUAGAAAAUUACUCCGUAAUUUUACUAUUCGAUCAUCAUCUUCACACUUUCUUCUUUCUUACCUGCAUAUACCAUAUUACCAAUAUUAUUACCACGGUUGCUCCAUUUCAUUCCUAUUUUCAUAACCAUCCUUCUUUCCUAUUUAUUUCUCUCGCGUCAAAUAUUUUCUCUUCGUUAUCCUUGUUUCCAAAAACAUUCCAAAAGCUCUCGACUUGCUCAAUACUCUUUAAAAGAUCAAUAAAAGAAGAAGAAGAAGAAGAGAAGAAGAAGAAGAAGCUACUCUUCAACAUCAAUCGUGAGUCGUGGCGCGAUGCUGGAUGACAGAUUAGGCCGGGAACGGCUGUCACAGGCGGAAUCCCUCGGGAAUCUUCCCGUUCGGGAAGCAGAGCUCGACACAGAAUGACGAGCUCGUGUUGCUGUUGCCGGAAGCGAAGCCGCGAAGAAGGGCGACGAGCAACCCGGCGACGAAGACGACGACGACGAGCGAGUUCGGGGUCCUCUAGCGCCAGCGGAGGGCUAUGAGCGCUGACAAUGGGGACGAAUCCUUGCUGCAGCUGUCAAAGAAGACUCGCUCCUCGGCCGAGGACGCAAUGAUACGCUCCUGCAUCCCGAGCGAGCGAUCGCGCGCGACUGUCACCGUCGUCAUCGUCGACACCGAGGUGUGAUGACGCGACGUCGAUAGACGAUUUAGUUCGCCGGCGACGAGCGUCACGAGAGCUCGUAGUUCUCCGGGAAAAAUCCAAAAGCGGAUCGUCUAAGAGAAGAAAAAGAAGAAGAGGAAGAGAAAAAGGGUACCGAGGGUAGAAAAGGGGGACUGAGAGGGUAAAAUAGCCGUGGAUGCUGUGGCCGGUGUUGGGGGGUGAUGACGGGCUGAGCCCCACAGCGUCGCCCGCACCGGUGACGACUGCGCCCCCUACCAAGGGGGUGAACAAACUGGCUCCCCUGCUGCUCUGCGCUCCGUGCAAGCCCAGCGGACACCGGAAGUGCCAAAGUUCGACCCAGUGGUACGUGCAACAGCCCACGUGGCGUUUAUGGGGCGAGGAGAGGGGCGACGGCGUUAUAUACACGGUGUACCUGAAGAAGGUCCGAUACCAUCGGCCUACGAGGAGUCUCUCGGCAUCGGAUUCUGACGACGAGAUCUCGCACUUGGAAUGGGAAACGGUGAGGGUGCGUUUCCUGAAAGCCGGCACGGUGCAGCGGCUGGUCGAGAGCCUGGCGAACGACGACGGCGAGCUGGAGUCCACCUACAUAAACGUCUUCCUGGCGACCUAUCGGGCGUUCACGACUCCGCGUGAGGUCCUCGAGCUGCUGCUCGCGCGAUACGACGCCUUGGACGAGAACGCCGGCUGCGAGCAGCAUCGCAAGACCCUGGUCCAGGCCCUGCACGUCUGGCUAGACGCGUACCCGGGCGACUGGAAGUCACCCCCAAACCACCCCCUCCUCUCCAGGCUCCUCGACUUCACGCAUCGACGCCUGCUCGGCUCCGAACUUGAGCUUAAGGCCAGGCACAGGCUGCACCGCUUUCAACGCGAGGAUCAGAUAGAUUCUUGCAUGGUAUACGACAAUGGUCGGCUGCCGAUGCGCGGAUCCCCGGAUCCGAUGUCGGAUCACUGGGGAAACUACAUCUUCCCCGAGGUGCCCCACCGUCACUUUGCCGAGCAGCUGACACGAAUGGACGCCGAGGUGUUCAAGAAGCUGGUCGCCCACCAAUGCCUCGGCGCUGUCUGGUCCAGGAAGGAUCGUUCCAGGAGCCACGAGGCCGCCACCGUGGUGGCGACCGUGAAUCAGUUCAAUGCUGUAUCUCUACGCGUCAUCUCGACGAUCCUGACCGACACGUCGCUCAAGUCGCAGGAUCGCGCCAGGAUCCUCGAGACGUGGAUCGAUAUCGCGCAGGAAUUACGCAUUCUGAAGAAUUUCAGUAGCUUGAAGGCGAUCGUCUCCGGUCUCCAGAGCAAUCCGGUGUACCGGUUGGAAAAGUGCUGGCAGUGCAUGCCUAGAGAGAAGCACGAGCUCUUUCGGGAACUCGAGAGGAUAUUCUCCGAGGAAAAUAAUGCCUGGACGCAGAGAGAGUUGCUUAUCAAGGAAGGCACCGCCAAGUUUGCUGACACUGCCGGUAGGAGCGACAGGCAUUUGCAGAAGCUCUUUCAAAAACAAAAUACUAACGCGGGCAAUAUUAGCUACGGCACAAUACCAUAUCUGGGCACCUUCCUGACUGAUCUAACGAUGAUCGAUACGGCAAUACCGGACUCGAUAGCGGAUGGUCUCAUCAAUUUCGACAAGAGACGAAAAGAGUUCGAAGUGCUUGCGAGGAUACGGCUUUUACAGGGUGCGGCGAACGCAUAUAACUUUAACACGGAUCCCACAUUCGAUCGUUGGUUCCAUUCCGUUUUGGUAUUGGACGACCGGGAAGCUUACAAGCUCAGCUGUCAAAUUGAGUCACCACCGGCGGGCAACACUCUCAACAAUCGCGGCAAAAAGAAACAAAAUCAUCAGGGUCAUCGGAAAAACGACUCGAUCGCGUCGACGUCGAGCUCCAGCAGUUCCCAGUUCUACUGCGACCUCGACUCUCUGCCGAGCUCGCCUCACAACUCAUUGGACCGAAGAACCUCGCCCUCGCAAAUGUCCAGUUCGUCCUCGAGUUCGUCUCUACCUUCCCUCGACGUGUCUCUGAGCUCCGGUGGAGGUGGCAAUCAUCAAAGCCGUUUAGCACCUCCAUCGGGCACUACUGCCCCAGCUAACGGAAGUACCCCGAAUCUCGCCGGACUGUCCAGUCCCAGUCACUCGCAUAAAAGUUCCCCGGACUUUUACAUCAUCAAGGUCACUAUGGAAACGGACAACGUGGAGACCGAGGGCGUGGUGCUUUACAAAUCCAUCAUGUUGUCCAACAACGAGCGGACGCCGCAGGUGAUCCGAAACGCCAUGCUGAAGCUCGGCAUCGAGGGUAAUCCGGAUCAGUACACCUUGGCGCAGGUGCUACCCGAUCGGGAAAUGGUGCUACCGACCUCGGCCAAUGUCUACUAUGCUGUGAAUACCGCGCACAAUCUUAAUUUCAUCCUGAGACCGAGGAGAGAACCCAACGACGCGACCUCGGACAGUCCCAAGAGCAAGGGCAGCGCUCACAAUCACAAACGGUAGUCGUGAACGACGUCAUGAAUAUUUGUAAGAUCGAGGAGAACGAUCUUCGAAGUCUGAUAACGCAAGCUAGGACAGUUUCGGACAGUUAUGAGUGAAUUUUUACACGAGAUUAUAGAGACUCAAAUCGAUCGGGGUGAUUGUGACGGAAAAGAAAUGUGAUCUCGGAACGUGUUCCAAAUAACGAAUCAAAUAUUAAGCAACAAUGUUAAUUAUCAUGUUAUUAAUAUCAGGAUAAUAAUAUUAGAGAGUGUUGGCCCCAUCUUCUUAAUUAACACUAUCGGUAAUAUUAAUUGAUGGUUACUAUUAUUAAUCAAUAUCGGUAUCGUGGUUGAUUAGUAAUAUUAACCAUACUAAUUAUAUAAUUAAUACUAUUAAUAAAAUACAUAUCGUUAAAUCAAAAUAUUACGACUCAUUUUCGCCAUCGUAAUUUAAAAACGAUGAUGGUUUACAAUGAACACAAUUUUUAUAAAAUAUACCAAUCGCGAAAAAGCGCGAUCACAAUUACCUCGAUCGAUCGCACAUCUUCUCUUUCAACGUGUCUCGAAAUUGAUGAGAAAAGGAGCGAAUCUCACUGUUAAUUAAUUAAUUAAUUAAUUUACCAUGACAGCUCGGCUCUUUCGCUUCCCGAUGCGAUGCAAAUAAGCGCCGAAGUACGAUUAAGCAUACAGUCAUGCGACCGGAAAUGCGUAAACGUGCGCACGAUUAGAAUCGUACUCGAACACACAUAAUAUGUAUGUAUAUUUAAUUGCGCAAUCGGGAGCUUACUCUAACAUUAUUCCAGACGCGCGUCUGUUUUUUAGCGUGAGUCACACAUGCGAGGUUCUUAUCGAUGCCACGAUGAUGCAAACAUUCAAACAAGGGUCCCGUAUUCUUGCCGCUUUAACAUAUCGCGUUUGUAACGUUAAACGCGAUAUCUCUCCGAUCUCGAUCUCGUCAUUUGCCUAAUUUGUCUUGAUAAAAGUCAACUGAAACGUAACGUGAGAGAUCAUUGGAGAUUUAGAAAUAUAUACACAUCCCUUCCUUUUUAUUCUUUAUUGUAAUUCAUAUUUAGCGCUAAAUACGAACGUGAUCCCGAAUGAUAUUUAUCUGACAUGAAACACGAUAUUAUAAAAGCAUUAUUGUAUUUAAAUAACUAGGACCAAGCUAAUCUUGCUAUCUCUUUCGCUUAUUGUUAUUGAAAAAGCCAUAUUUUACAUUAAAAUAUGGUCUCUUAUUUCUUACGACUGUUAUCUGUCUGAUAUACAUCAAGUUUGAACGAUAUUACGAAACGCGAUCUAGUUGUGUCAGAAUAAUGCACAAAGAGUGUUUUCGUUAUUGUAAGACAACGUUAUCGUGUUUAGCAUUAAAUGUAUAAUAAGAAUAACGGGCACUUAUACGACAGAACUUUGCGCGUGUGUGUACGUGUAUAUACACUAUACAUUAUAAUACGUGUGUUUUUUUCACGAAAAAACGAAAACGAGAUUAUAGAUAAUUUAAAACGGGACGAGCGACUUGCCUCCGUUUCCGGCGGAUCCUUGAGGUCCUUGUGAAUAAUAAUAAUUGUAACUUUUGCAUAGCGCGGUAAACUCGACCAAGCAAGAGCGAGAGGCCACGUGUGCUCUCGUGUCAAAACUGUCAAUUAUUAUAUAUCGCUAUUCUCACGUAUAUUUUAAACAAAAAAAACAGGAUCUGCGAGAUUAGAGAACUGCCGCCGUCGUACAUUCUGUCCUUUUGUCCUCGCGAAUUUGCGAAUUGCGCGAAGGCGAAGAAAAAAUUCUGUGAUAAAAGAAUCUCUUUUUUUUCGACUUUCUGCAACGAAAUAGAGAAAGAAGGUCGACCGCCACUGAUCAGACAAGUCCACUUUUUCUAAUAUUACGAGGAAACUCGGAAAAAAGUUUCCAAGAACGAAGAGAAAUCUUAUUUUGUCGCCCAAGUCGAGCGAGAGGUCGGAAAUAAGAAUAAACGACCGCUAAAUAAAUCUAUAUAUAUUUUUCCACUGAAAAUUGCACAGAAAAAGCUUCAUUUUAUCUUAGUAAGAUAAAAUAUUGUUAUAAGAAUCAGACAAAUUUAUUUUUUCCAUUAUCUUGGAACAAUUGAGAACAUUUUAUUGAAAAAACAAUUAGUUAAUUAAAUAAAAUUGAAAUCUUUUUAUUUAUACAUUUAGUUUGUACGAUAAUUAAUUUAAUUUCUCUAUAAAUUCGUAAGAAUUUAUAGCGUAAAACGGCGAAAAUAUAUUUUCAAUGUGUUUUGUGUUAGAAAUUGUAACAUAUACAUAUAUUUUAAGCAUGUAUUUUGAAAAGAGUCAUGUUAAAAGUAAUUUGUAAAUAUUUGUACAUAAAACAAAUCGAAAACAAAAUCAAUAUGCUUCAUAAAUUGAAGUAGACACUGUCAUGAUCUGUAUUAAAUUCUUUACUCAAUUAAAUAUUUUAGAAAGCAUGAAGAAUACUAUUAAAUCAUAUCAAUAAUUAAUAAUAAUAAUAUUCGCUAAUAUUUCAUUAGUGAAUAAUUAAAAGCCGCAAGGUCGAAAUCACAUGUAUCUCCUCUCUGAUUUUAAAUGUGAAUAAUUUCAAGGCAAUUAAAUUUUGAAACAGUGGACCUAUCUUUUUUUUUACGUCUCUUUCACGAUAUCAAUCGAUACCCCAUUACUGGAAGCGAGCGCUAAAUAAUAAACGACUCAAUUUGUCUGAAAAAAGUGAACUUGCCUGGUUUUUGCCGGCGGACCUUCGAAUCGAAUCGAAUCGAAAUCCAUAUGUGUUAAUCAGUUUAAUCGAGAAUCAUUCCAUUUCAUCAUAUCGGCCAGUCGGUUUUUCACGUUGAUACAUUUUUUUACGAAACUGCGCGAGACAACCAAGAAAAAGAGGAAAAAAGAAAAAAACAAAACCGAAAAAGAGAAAGAGCGAAAAAAAACACAAAUGUGGUCGAGUAUCCCGACGAUACUUAGCUCGAAUAAGGUUUCCCCAAGACGUCAGUCUUACGCAAUUUUUUGUACUUACUUCCCUUCUUCGUAUCUGUUUGUCUAAUUAGCUGUAUAUUUCUCACGUAGACGACUCCUCGGGAAAAAAAAAGAAAAACGAAAAGAGGAGAGCCAGGACGAAGCUGUAAUGUAGUACGCGACCUGACAAAAGAGAAUAGAUGGCCUACACUUUUA